AGAAGAGAAAUCGAUAUUGUGGAAUUUUGUAUAUAAGAAAAUCGAUAUUAUAGCAAUUCUUUUACGUACCCCAAAUGUGUGUAUCCCCUCUAUCUGAGGGGGAAUAGUGUUUUUGUGUACCCGUAUUUAUAGCACUAACCCUUUAUUAUUUAUAGCCCCACUACCCACUACUCGUGCUGCUGCUCACAUCUGGAAGGAUCAUCCUCAUUCUCAGCCCUCUUUCUGUGAAUUGAAGUUGCAGAAACCUGUCGACACAUGAACCAAUAAUAUUACUGCUUGUUUGCAUACCAUAAUCGAAUCAUGGCCAUUAAACUCUAUGGUUCCCUUCUUUCAACCGCAACUAACCGAGUCAGGGCUGUCCUCGCUGAGAAGGAUAUUGAGUACGAGUUCAUAACCAUCGACAUGGCCACCGGAGAACACAAGAAACCUGAAUUUCUUUCUCGUAACCCCUUCGGCCAAGUUCCAGCGUUUGAGGAUGGUGAUCUCAAGAUGUUCGAAUCAAGGGCGAUUACUCAAUACAUAGCACACGCGUACCCUAAUAAGGGGAACGAUCUGAUAUUCGAGGAUCCGAAGAAAAUGGCGAUAGUGGCAGUGUGGAUGGAAGUGGAAUCCCAGAAAUAUGAACCGAUAGCUUCGAAAUUGGUGUGGGAGCUUCUUUUGAUACCGAUGUAUGGGAAGACUCCCGACGAAGCGAUAGUGAAAGAGUAUGAGGCUAAAAUGGAGGAGUUGCUUGUCGUGUACGAAUCACGGCUGUCGGAGAGCAAGUAUUUGGGCGGAGAUUGCUUCACGUUGGUGGAUCUCCACCACCUCCCUACCUUAAAGUGCUUGAUGGGGACACGGGUGAAGAAGUUGUUUGACGCGCGGCCGAAGGUCAGCGCGUGGGCUGCAGAAAUCCAGUCAAGGCCUGCCUGGAUUAAAGCGAUUACCGCCUAAGCAAAGCAACCACAACGAGGUCUUAAAUCUUAAUUUUGUUAUUGAUGAGAUUUUGAUGUUCGUACUGCGUGUGUAUGUGCAAUGUUUCUGUUGCCCUUUCAACAAAUAAUAAAAAUAAUUUUGAUUAUUGAAAUAAUCUGAGUUAUUAGAUGUGUAAACACCAAAUUUUAUUGUUUGAUGUAGAAAAAAAAAUAGUA